AUGUCUUUCGAUCAUCUGUUGACGUCAUCAAAACGACGAGAACUCCUACAAAACUUGGGAAUCGGACACGGAAGCGAUGUGUUCUCCACGGGACUGUUCCGUAAAGCAGAAUGCAAUGCAGAAACUGCAAUUAGUCAAAGAUCCAUUCCACGAGCGAAUCCAGACCAUCUUCGUCCGAUUUUCGAUCGAUUCGCGACUAAAGAAAUAAAAGGGAAGAAGUUGAUGACCCCAGAGGAUUUCAUUCGAGGAUACUUAGGUCUUUACACGGAAGAAAACUAUAAUAAGGAGACUGUUCGUCUUCUUGCUUCCGCCGCAGACACUACAAAAGAUGGAGACAUCUCAUUCGAAGAGUUCUGCGCUUUUGAAGCUCUCUUGUGCAGCCCGGAUGCUCUUUAUCUCACCGCUUUCGAACUUUUCGAUCGAAACGCUUCGGAUACCAUUAGCUGUGAUGAGUUUGAAGCUGUGAUUCGGCAUACUCAGCCUUUGCAUGAUCAGGACUUUGAUUUUAGUUCGGAAUUCAUCAAGAGAUAUUUUGGAGCUGACAAACAACGAAACGUGAAUUAUCAUUCAUUCUGUCAACUUCUUCAUGAUUUCUACGAAGAACAGGGUAUCCAGGCAUUCAAAAGAUACGAUAAAAAUGGAAAUGGAACCAUCUCAUCACUGGAUUUCCAACAAAUAAUGACUACUGUCAAAGGACACUUGCUCACGGAUUUCGUUCGGCAUAACCUCAUUGCGGUGUCUGGCGGCGGCGCCAGUGGACACAAGUUUUCCGACACUCGAGGUGGAUUUGUGACCUUCCCUUACUAUGCUGCUUUCAACAGUCUUCUCGCCAAAAUGGAACUUAUCAAGCGUGUCUACGUAUCGACGACACGUGGAAAUUUGGACAUUGAGAUGACGAAAGAAGAGUUUCUGCAUGCAAUUCAAAGUUAUACACAAGUUACUCCUUAUGAAGUCGAAAUCCUGUUCCACUUGUCAGAGUUGAAUCAUCCAGGACGGAAGACGCUCUGUCUAAAGGACAUUCAGGCAAUUGAUCCUGAACGUCUGAAGCGUGUUUCACAAAUGGAUCGACUUAUCAACAUCAAAGCUGUGCACCAUAAAGAUGACAGAGGUGUUGGAACUGCGUUCCUCGAAUCCGCGUACCGUUUCUUAUUAGGAUCAGUAGCCGGAGCAUGUGGAGCGACUGCAGUGUAUCCGAUUGAUCUUGUGAAGACACGAAUGCAAAAUCAACGUACAUCUGGCUCAUUCGUCGGAGAAGUAAUGUAUAAAAACUCUCUGGAUUGCUUCAAGAAAGUCGUGAAGUUCGAAGGACUCUUGGGUCUUUAUCGUGGACUUUUGCCUCAAAUUGUUGGUGUUGCACCAGAAAAAGCUAUCAAAUUGACAAUGAACGAUUAUAUGAGAGAUAAAUUCACUAAAGACGGAAAAAUUCCACUUUAUGGAGAAAUUAUCGCCGGAGGAACCGGAGGAAUGUGCCAAGUUGUGUUCACAAAUCCCCUGGAAAUUGUUAAAAUUCGAUUACAAACUGCCGGAGAAGUACAACAAGCGGGAAAGAAGAUCGGAGUAUUCACGGUUCUUAAAGAACUCGGUUUCCUUGGACUCUACAAAGGAUCCCGUGCGUGCUUCCUUCGGGAUAUUCCGUUCUCAGCAAUCUAUUUCCCGGCAUACGCUCACGCAAAACUCGCAUCUGCUGAUGAAGAUGGAAUGAACUCACCGGGAACACUUUUUGCUUCCGCGUUUAUUGCUGGAGUGCCUGCCGCUGGUUUAGUAACACCUGCCGAUGUUAUCAAGACUAGGCUUCAAGUAGCUGCACGAGCUGGACAGACGACGUAUAAUGGAGUCAUUGAUUGCGCUCGGAAGCUGAUCAAAGAAGAGGGUCCAAUGUCACUAUGGAAGGGUACAGCUGCACGUGUGUGCCGUUCAAGUCCUCAAUUCGCAGUUACUCUUCUCACUUACGAGGUUCUCCAGCGCCUCUUCUACGUCGAUUUCGCCGGAUCCCGGCCGACUGGUUCCGAGCUUGCGACGACGAAGACAAUUCAAGACGAGUCGUCAACGAAUCCGGAUCACGUUGGUGGAUACAAGCUGGCGGCAGCUACAUUCUCCGGAAUCGAACACAAGUUCGGAUUGUUCUUGCCAAAGUUCGAAACGAGCAAGUAGAGAGUCCUAUAUAUUCCCCGUAGUCAGUGUGUGUUGUUUUAGGUAAAGUGUUCGAUCCUAGUCUUAUUUUUGAACUUCUUCUGUAUUUUACCUGUACUAUGCUGAUCAGGGAUGAGUAUUUUAAUUUCACGAAAUUUUGAAUUUUCAGUAUCUGAAAAUGUAUCGUUAAAAAAUUAUUUUAAUGUGGCUUAUACAUAUUUUGGCGGCGCUCUCAUUAUAGACAUUCGAAAAAUAUUGAAUUUCAGAGGUUUUACGCAUCAUUUUAUGGCCCGAUUUUCUGGAAUUUAAAAUCACGAAAUUUCUUGAAAAUUGGCUCAAAAAAUUAUGUGUAAAACCUCUGAAAUUCAAUAUUUUUUAAGGUACUAGUCCUAAAUCACCCAGCCACUUUUUCAAAUAAAAACGUGUGGAGUUUUUGUAUUUUUAGGCUUAGGAAAUAACCAUUUCUAAGCCUAAAGAUGGAAAAUGGACAUCACGUUUUAUUAAAAUGGAUAAUAUUAAAAUGAGGGGAAAUAAUACACAAAUCGAAAAAAAAGUGGCGGGGUGAUUAUAUGCCAAAAUAUGUACGAGCCACAUUAAAAUCAUUUAUAGCCAUACAUUUACACCCACUGAAAAUUCAAAAUUUUCUUGAAAUUAAAAUGCCCACCCAUAAUGCUGAUCCCCCGCUGCCCUCUCGCCUUCUCACCAGAGAUGUGCUGCACCUUUUUUGAAACUUUCGGAAAAUUUACAAAAUUUUUCUUUUUUCGUUGUUUAGACGAAGUUUUUAUUGGAAAUUUAAAUUAUUUUGAUUUUGAUUGAAAGUGAAAAGUUCCUAAAAAAAAAGUAAAAAUAUUUCUGUGUUCCAAUAUAAAUUUUCCAAUUUUAUCAACAAAAAAAUGUGCCGCGCCUCUCUUCUCACCAUCCCCUAGAUUAAAUUUUUGCGGGUGACUUUCUCUCCCUUCCCCACCCUCGCCCGUUCUAUAUAUAUAUUAUAUACAUAAGAUUUAUUUUCUUAAUUUGUCCAAAAAGUGCCUCCCUUUCUGUUUUUCUCAGUUUUUUUUUCUUCAAAUUUUGCAUAAAAAUCGCAUUUUU